UUCGUCAUGUUUCAACACGGUGACAGACCAGUCGCACAAGAAGGAAACAUGUCAAAUUUAGUGUCUUUUUAGCGUUUCGGAUGUUAUUUUAUUUAUAAAAACAACAUAGCAGAAUAUAACUGUAGUGUUGCGUCAGCUUGUCUCUGUUUGCUUGUGUGUGUAGUAAGUCUUGUUUCGAGUUUGGAGAAUAAAAACCCGAAAACAGCUUUGACAAAUCAUUAAUAAUGUCUAAAACUGCAGUUCCUCUACGAAUUCUCUGUAUUCACGGUUAUCGACAGAAUGGGAACUCUUUUAGAGAGAAGACAGGAGCUUUACGCAAACUGUUAAAGAAACAAGUGGAGCUAGUGUAUAUUAGUGCACCACACCAAGUUCCUGCAAUUAAAAACGAAACCAGCAAUCAGGAGAAUGAGAAGACGGCCAGUGGUGGUGAUGAGGACCAGAAGGGCUGGUGGUUCUCUGAUGUCCAGGCACGAAGUUUCAACGCCCAGCAGGAGUGUGAGAGCAGCCUGGGUCUGGAAGAGAGUAUAGAGACUGUGAAAACUGCGGUGAAGGAUCUCGGCCCCUUCGAUGGCAUCCUGGGCUUUAGUCAAGGUGCCGCCCUGGUGGCUAUGCUGUGUGCCGUGCAAGAACAAAAACUAGAGGCUGAUUUCAAUUUCCGCUUUGCCGUCCUGGUCGCCGGAUUCCGCAGUGCCUGUUCCCAGCAUCGGCGGUUUUACGAAGGGCCGGCGAUAACAAUCCCCUCUCUGCACGUGUUUGGACAGGAUGACCGUGUAAUUCCAGAGGAGAUGAGCCGAGAUCUGCUGCCAGCGUUUGAUGGAGCUCAAAUCCUCAUUCAUCCUGGUGGACACUUUGUUCCAGCGGCAUCUUCGCACAGACAGACAUACCAAGACUUCCUUAAGAAGUUUCAGUGAGAUGAUAAAAGAGUAUUUGAGAGUUCCUGGAAUAAAUCAAGUCUACCUUAAAUGUAUUACUUGAAAUUCAGCUACAUUAUAAAAGCCUUGGAAACUGACUGGUCAAUAAAAAUAUGUUUUACACUGUUCUCAGGGAAAUGGUUACUUGAAUAAAGAACUUUCACAAGUGUGCAGCGAUGUUUCAUUUGUUGUCCAGCUUUUUUGCUUGGCAAAGUCUAUUUGGGGUUCAAAACAAGUUAGACUCUGGAGCCUCUGGAGUUGUUUACCACAGAAAGUAAUAUUAAUACAUGAUAUUAAAUAUUAAAUCUAAUAUUGAAUAUAAUUUGUUUGUACUUGGAAUUUAUUAAAUAGAAUUGUAAAAGUAAGUGCUGUCAAAUCAGUAAUCGCAUGCAAUCACAUUGUUUACAUAAUAUAUGUGUGUGUGUGUGUGUGUGUACUGUGUAUAUUUAUGUUUAUAUGAACACACACAUACAUAUAUACAUGUAAAUAUUUGCAAAUAUAUACAUGUCAUGUAUGUGUAUUAAUCCAUACUGGUGCUGUCCGAUUGAAUAAUCGUGAUUAUUCACAUCCAAAAUGAAAGUUUGUGUUUACAUACUUUGUG